UGUUGCGUAAAAAAUAAAUGUUGAGAAUAGAUUUUCGGCAAUUGUCGGAGCGAUAUUUUUGAGAAAAGAUAUUUUGAAUGCGAAAAAAAUGAAUUUUUCAAGUGGAGAAUAUUUUUUUGUUGGAAGUUAUAUUCCAUAUGAAAACUAUAUGGAUUAUUUUAAUUUUGAGCAUGCCAGGCAGAGGCCUGAAUAUGGGCCAAUUGCCCAAUGGUCAGAAUUUGGACCAUUUGUAUACAUCGAUGAAUAUGGACGGAUGGUGCAGAUGCCUGGAUAUGGGUCUCCGCAAGUAUUUUAUGGUUACCGUCCGCCCUUUCAACAAGGCGCUUGGUACGUUCGAACUGAAGUACCCGAUUAUGGGCCGCCUAUUCAAACAUCCGAGUAUGAUAUGGCGCCAGAAGUAACUCAAUAUUGGCAAGCGCCCGAGAACUAUCAAUAUGGUUCGUCGACAGAAGAACAGAGGAGCGAACCUCCAUCAAAUAUUUUAGAAAAUCAAUCAAUAACAGAAGUGCUCGAAAAUGAGCAAUGCUCCUCAAAUGUUUCUUAUCAGCACAUUAACGUUCCUGAAAAUCAAAUGGACAAUGAUAAUACAGAAGAAUGUUCCUUGUAUGAUAUAAAUAAUAUUAAUGCGGACGAUUUUGAUAAGAAUAUAAAUGCUAUUCCAUCCGACGAACCUCAGACAGGAAGAACAAUCACAAAAGUGAAAUGUGAUGAACCUGAUAAUAACCUGGAGGAAACGGAAUUGUCCUCUUCUGACUCCGAUGAAGACAUUGAGGGGUUUUACUUUUGCAUGUCCGACGUUGAAAUAACACCAUUCAAACGGAGAAGAAGACCUUUAAAGAGGGCAUUUUCAUAUUUACAAUUUCAUUCUUUGGCCGGACAAACGAUUCAAGAAGAAGAUGAAUUGGAUGAAUCGUCGGAAGAUGAUGAAAGUAUUAUUAACAGUGCUAUUAACAUCACGCCUGAAUCACUAAAAUUGAGUGAAGUGGAAGUAUUAAAUGAAGAAACUAAUGACAAGAAAAAAUCUAUAAAAGAAAAUAAAGAGUUAAUACAACCGAAAGAGAGAGAAAAUGCCGCUGGAUCUUCACCCAAAGGUGAAUCUGUAACAGAUGAUGCUGACGACGAUGAAGAAAAAACCACCAAAUGUUUUGAUGUUUUUGUAACAUUUUUCCGCAGAAUUUCUUCCGUCAUCUGUUUUUGUUGCGGAAAAAGAAAAUAAAAUGGCCAAUGGUUACAAAAAGUUUGUAGAAGAGUGACUGAAUUUUAAUUGUUGCAUUUCGGUGAGUUGAAACAAAUUGAUCGGUGUACGUUUAUCAUCCUAUUUUUCUUAAUAGUAUAAAAAUGAACGUCACAUUUCAGAUUACGCUUUUAAUAUUAAUUGAAAAAUUAAUGAAUUAAUAAAUUAAUGAAUAAUAAUCGUAUAUAUAAUUAUAAGAGAAGGGCACAUUUCAAAAUUUAUGUAAUGAAAAUUUCUGAAUGGGAACUUUGGCGGCACGUGAAAUCGAAGCAUCUGCUCUGUACUUUCAGAUGCUUUUAUGUUUUUAUUUUAUACAGUUUGUUAUAUAAUUGUCUACAAGGACACAGCUUAUUAAUAGGACUUAUUGUAGUGGUGUUAGUUUUCUGCAAUUAAAAAAAUUUAUCGAGACAAAAUAAACAAUCUUUAUUGUCCAGUACGUUUUUCGCCUGUACACACUUUAUUUGUGUUUCGGAUUUUCAUUUCAGGUCUUUCUUCAGCAGGUUUACAAUGCAAACAUAAUGCUAAAAACAAACAUUUAUAAAAAUUCACAAUACUAUAUAACAAAGAUUACCUGACAAUGAUAUGGAUGUGUUAGCAUGAUUUACAAUUUCAUUCUUGUUAAUUACUUCGAUAUUUAAAUAAAUUCACAGUACCUGUAUAAGGUACUCAGUACACUCAGAAAAUCAUAAUACCUGUAUAAAGUUAAAACACAUUUAUAAAAAUAUAAUGUUUUAAAACGUUUAAAAGAAUUUGUUUAUUCUCACAUACCUGUGCAUGCAACAGAAAACGAUGAAUAACAUUUUUACUUAGCUUACUCCUUUUAUAAACUUUUCAUACCAUU